UAUACUAUACCAUGUAACAUACCUUGUGACCUUUCUCUAUCUCUGUAUCGCACAUGCUACGCUCAGUCAUGCAGCGGCGCCGCAGCGAUUGACCCAAGGCGCAGUCGUAUAUAGUGACUCGUUCUGAGUACGAAUGCUACCGAAGCCAGAAUUCAAAUGCUGCGGUACCAGUAUAAGAGGACCAGCGCAAUCGCAGCAUCCCUCCUCACCUACCACCGCCAUGGCCCACCUGAAGAACUUCACGCUGUUUGUCGCGACUUCCGACCAGAUCAUCGAACAUCGCAAGAGGACGUACGCCAAAUGGGGCAGAGGGCGAUAUACUCUGGAUGAGUAUCUGUCCGUCUUCGAGGCGCUCGAGCAUCAGGAGCAUUCGGCGAACGGCAGGUCUAAGACUUGGGUACUCGCACCCAGGGACGAUCCCGAGACGCUUGACUUUCCAAGUGCUUGCCGGUCGUAUCGCCGAGACGGCAUCUUCUACGAUGGCGAGCUGCAGCGCGUCACUUGCUAUAACGUCGGGUUCGUGUACACGCACGAUGACCAGCGCCGGAAGGGAUACGCUGGGCAUAUGAUGCGGUUGCUUCACUGGGUCACCGCCGACGAACGAUUCCUGAAGGAAUUCCCAGAGGAAUGGGGUGCGCCGCCGCAGAGAGUGCCUUCUGCAGGGGGAGGGUACUUCUCUUCGCUCUACAGUGCUCUUGGGCCGGAGUAUUACGCGAAGUGCGGCGAUACACCUUCGACGAAGGGCUGGCUGCUCAAGGACUCGAGGUCGACAGUCUGGGAGCUGGAAUCGUCUGCCAAGAGCGCGUCGAAGCCGACGAGCGCAUGGAAGUGGCUGGACGACAAGGAGGUGGAGGAGGUUUGGAGCCAGGAUGUGCCGCUCAUGGAGAAGGACGUCGUCGAGCUCGGGAAGCAGUUGCACAGGCCAGUUGCCUCCUUCUUGCCGACCGGAGGCGUCGCUGCUUCGGACCGCCUGCUGUACAGCCCGCCACACCGUCCCUUCUCGAUGAAGUCGUACGGAAUCAGGUCGACGACCGGCGAGCUCAGCUACGCGACCUGGACGGUGAACCUGGCGAGCAAACCGCAGGGGCUGAUCUUGACCAGGCUGCGGGUGCAUGAUGCCGCGCAGUUCAGGGAGUUGAUGGGCGCAGUGCUUUGGUAUGCGAAGGAGAACUGCUUUCCGUCUGUCGAGACUUGGAAUCUCCCUUCGCAACUCGAGGACGCUGCGCAGGAGAUGGCUGGCGUGACGAGCGUGAGGGAGGGAAAUCUGCCGGCCCUCAAGUCGUACGCCGUCGACGACGCAGAGUGGGCUUUCAACGAGAGAUUCGGAUGGGCUUGAGCAAUCCAGGCAGGUAAACGCGAGCAUUAUGCCUAGCAGGAACUCUUGGCAGUUAACGAUGUGGCGCAUUGAAGGGUAGUGAAGCACGUCGCGAGUAGAAACCAGUGUAUAGGGCGGUGUAAGCAGAGGAAUACGAAUGCAAACGUGAACAUGAGAGCUCCAG